AUGACCAUACCCGACUUCGAUAGUCUCCCCAAGGUCGAGGGAAUGCCUCAAGGGUGCGCCUGGGGCGUGUUUGACAAAGAUGGCAAGAAGGACUUACUGGGUACUCUCAACCUCCUCACGCCUGACAUCGUCGCGGCCGCCGCAACAGAAGUCAAGAACGGGGUUUCCAUUUCCCUUAACUGGCCUCUCAAUGGUAUCAAGAUUCCUUUGCCAGGCCGAAGGUCACCCGCUCACAAGGUCGUGUCUUUAUCAUCCAGCGGACUCAUGCCUCCUGGCUCCCACGGCUGGGAUGACGAGCUCGAAUUCAACACGCAAUUCAGCAGUCAGUGGGACAGCCUGGUACACAUGCAGCACCAGCCCUCUGGUCUCGCAUACAACGGCAUCAAGCCGACGCAAGAAGGCCUCGACUCGCCCCAGACCACCGCGGAGAACAAACAGCCUACCAUCGACCACUGGCACUCUCGCGGCGGUCUUGUCGGCAGAGGCGUCUUGAUUGACUUCAAAGCUUACAUGGAAUCCCAAUCCAAGCCAUACCACUGCCUCGAUGGUUAUCGCAUCACGGUCGAAGACGUUGAAGAAGUGGCUCGCCAUCAGGGCGUGGAGUUCCUCCACGGCGACAUAUUGAUCAUCAGAACGGGGGUGACAGAAAUUUGGGAGAAUCCUACACCAGAAGACUUCGCCAAGAUGCAGAAAGCCAAGUUAUCAGGGUUACACGGCAGUGUUGAGACGGCGAAAUGGGUUUGGAAUAAACAUUUUUCCGCUGUCGCUGGCGACAGCCAGUCGUUUGAGGCGUAUCCCCCGCUUAAACCAGAUGGGACGGAAGGUUCUGUUGGAGAUCUAGUCCUUCAUCAAUACUUUCUCUCGCUCUUUGGACUGCCCAUCGGGGAGCUGUGGGACCUCAAGGAGCUCUCUUCAUACUGCAGAAAGACCGGUCGCUAUUCUUUCAUGCUGACAUCGGCCCCUUUGAAUCACCCUGGUCUCGUCGCAUCCCCACCAAACGCUUUGGCCAUAUUUUAA